GGGGAAAAGCCUGCCCCAACCCCUCUGUCACCCUGCUCCAGCUGCGUUUGCCGAGCAGGGUGGGGUCCCGUUGAGUGUGCAGUAACCAGCAGGGAUGAGUAAGGCUUGGCCAGGAGCAGACGCCGCUGGGCAGGAGCGCGCCAAGUUCGGAGGCGCCGCUCACCGGCCCCGGAGUGUUUGAGGUCGCACCCGUGGGCUGGGAGGCGCCCCAAGGGCGGAUAAAACCCACAGAGCUGCGCCGGGGCGGCUUUCUGCGCUUGGUGCCUGCAACGCUCCUGACCCAGGGCGGCAGCUCGGUGGGCCGUCGGGGCGGGCAGGCGGGCACCAACAGCACUUCUACGCCCCAGUCUAGGGUUACGCGGACCACCCUAAGUUGCCGGGGCGAACGCUGGCAGAGUGCCCGGCCCCCUCUCGGGGACAGUCAGCUGCAGGCGGGCUAGGGCUAGCGGGGUCACGCCAGACAAGUGGUCAGAGGCAUGGCUGCAGCGGCGACAGCAUGCGAACCGGUGACCAGGCCAAGCCUGACGUCCAUCUCGUCGGGGGAGCUGCGCAGUCUGUGGACGUGCGACUGCGAGCUAGCCCUGCUACCUCUGGAGCAGCUGCUGCGCCUGCAGCCCGGAGCCUUCCAGCUACGCAGCGACCAACUUACCGUGCCGGGACCCGAGGAGCCCGCAGCCGCGCGCGGGGGCUUCAACGUCUUUGGCGACGGCUUCGUGCGCCACGAUGGGCAGCUCUACCGCCUCAGCAGUUACGUCAAGAGAUAUGUGGAACUGACCAACUACUGUGAUUAUAAAGACUACCGGGAAACCAUAUUGAGCAAACCAAUGCUGUUCUUUAUUAAUGUGUUGACCAAAAAGGACACUUCAAAAGAGAAGACGUACGCAUUUCUGGUGAACACGAGGCACCCCAAGAUUCGAAGACAGAUAGAGCAGGGCAUGGACACGGUCAUCUCCUCAGUGAUUGGAGAAAGUUACCGACUCCAGUUUGAUUUUCAGGAAGUAGUGAAGAAUUUUUUCCCUCCAGGAAACAAGGUGGUUAAUGGAGAAAACUUGACUUUUGCAUAUGAGUUCAAAGCUGAUGCAUUAUUCGAUUUCUUCUAUUGGUUUGGGCUCAGCAAUUCCACUGUGAAAGUGGAUGGAAGAGUCCUGAAUUUGUCAAGCACCAGUCCUGAGAAGAAGGAGACAAUUAAGUUAUUUCUGGAAAAAAUGAGCGAACCUUUAAUUCGAAGGAGCAGUUUCUCUGACCGGAAAUUCAGUGUCACUUCCAGAGGUUCAAUAGAUGACGUUUUCAACUGCAAUCUGUCACCCAGAUCAUCCUUGACGGAGCCUCUUUUGGUAGAAUUCCCAUUUCCCCGCGUUCUAGAAUCCGACGAGACACCCACACAGUUGAUCUGAUUGGACUGAACCAGUCCAAUAUGCUUGGCCUGAGCCGGACUGCAGGUUGAAGGGACAAGAGGAAAUGAGAGGCAGACGCUUCCACCUGCUUGUAAACCCGUCUCCUCCACGGCUUCCACCGAGGGUGCUUUUGUUCCUUUUUUCUUGAUGCCUUGGCAGGCCCAAAGCAUCUGAGUCCCUUAAAGAUUAUGGCUACCUGGAUAGAAAGGUUUAGCCCCAUGGCAUAGCUGGCUAGUGAUGGUGAUGGUGGGGUAAUAUUCACUAUGUUGAAUCCUUUACUCUUCAAA